CAGAAAAUGACACUAUUCCUUUUCUCUUUUCCUUUAGAGAUAUGAAUCAAGUCCUUGAUGCCUACGAAAAUAAGAAGCCAUUUUAUCUGUACACGGGCAGGGGGCCCUCCUCUGAAGCAAUGCAUCUGGGGCAUCUUGUCCCCUUUAUUUUCACAAAGUGGCUGCAGGAUGUAUUCGACGUGCCUCUGGUCAUCCAGAUGUCUGACGAUGAGAAGUACCUGUGGAAGGACUUGACUCUGGAGCAGGCAUACAGCUACACAGUGGAAAAUGCCAAGGACAUCAUUGCCUGUGGUUUCGACAUCAACAAAACUUUCAUCUUCUCUGACCUUGAGUUUAUGGGGUAAGUAAGAAACAUUUGGCUGCCUCUG